CUCUCGGCUUAAAAUAUUGCUGCCAUAUAGCCCACCUUAUUAGGAAUGUGUCCACUAGGCUGUGUCUCCGUUCUCUCUCUUUUUAAAGCAAAAGUUCUCAACGUUAACCUGUAGCAGAAAGAAGAAUGGGGCGGGGGAGGGGGGCUGUUCGGUCCGCCCUUCCUGGCUGUCGCCACCUUGCAGGUUCUGACACAGUGACAGAGGGAGGUCUGGGGAAGGAGACAGACUGGAGCUGCUUAUUCUCCUGGAAACCCGGAGCGACUUGGUGCAGACAGCCCUUCCUACUUCGCCUGCGGCUCUUUUGUGCGACUUUGAGAGGGGCUCCCUGGUGACUGAUUCCUCCCCGCCAGCGUGCCUGCUGAGGCUCUGGGAGGGAGGACCCGAGUGAGCCGAGCAGUGGCCAGAGGCAGCCAGCACAGACCUCAACUGCUGGAACUGGUGUGCAGUUUCUGAAGUCAGCAGAAACAGAAAUCAAAUUACUAUCAUCUCAUGCUGCUGGGAGCUCAAGGAGAAGGGGAUUCCACACCGGCUCAGUCACCACCAUGCGACAGGCGAGUCACAGGACAGCGGACCCUGGCGACAACGAAUGUAAGUUCUUAAGCUGCUGUCAUUCACUGCUGUGGGAUUUUUCUCUCUGGUUGAAGUCACGCUUGGCCACGAUGCCGUCAUUGCCGUGAGAAUUUCUGGUGUGGAAAGUUCUCUGCUGCUCUUCGGGAUGCGUUUUCCUUCCGUUAAGCAAGCCACAGACGCGAGCUGAAAUUCCUGAUCGCCGCUGCGGCGUUUCUGCCUGAGACUAAGAAGGGUAACCCAAGUGUAUCCAGUUACUAUGGGAUUAACACUGCAUGGGUUUUUAAUGGAUUUCCUUAAUACAGAGGGCACACAGCCCUCCCUACCGAUUUCGGAUUGCAUGAUGUUUUAACUUUGUGAUGGCCGGACUCGUGAAAUCAGCUCGUUUAACCCGAGAAUUAGCUGAAACAGAUUCCCACCGGCUACAAAACUUUUCUUCCUUAACCAGAAGCACGUUUGUGUCCCCAAAUGCUCAAAACUGCUUUUUUGCCUCUGCUUCAUUGAGAACUUACAGCUCGACAGUGGACUCUUGCUAGCACUUUGGGAAGGGAGGCAGCGUCAAGAGCCAUCACACUUCUGGAACUCUUACUAUGGGAGAGGAAAAGGCAGCCGGAGGAGCCACACAUGGUCUCCACUUCACCGCGUCUUAGAGCCAGGGCAUAAAGAUGAAUGGUGAGCCUAGGCUGUGACUCGCUAGUCUCUCCACACUUCAUCAGCUACAACUUCCGGCUUAGACAUGGAAAUUCUCUGUGAAGACAAUACUUCUCUGAGCUUAAUUCCAAACUCUUUAAUGCAAUUAGAUGGCGACUCGAGGCUCUACCACAAUGACUUCAGCUCCAGAGACGCUAACAGUUCUGAUGCAUCGAACUGGACCAUUGAUGCUGAAAAUCGAACCAACGUUUCCUGCGAAGGGUACCUCCCACCGACCUGCCUCUCCAUCCUUCAUCUCCAGGAAAAAAACUGGUCCGCUCUGCUGACAGCUGUAGUGAUUAUUCUGACCAUUGCUGGAAACAUACUGGUCAUCAUGGCAGUGUCCCUAGAGAAAAAGCUACAGAAUGCCACCAACUAUUUCCUGAUGUCACUUGCCAUAGCUGAUAUGCUGCUGGGCUUCCUUGUCAUGCCUGUGUCCAUGUUAACCAUCUUGUAUGGGUACCGGUGGCCUUUACCUAGCAAGCUCUGUGCAGUCUGGAUUUACCUCGAUGUACUCUUCUCUACGGCCUCCAUCAUGCACCUCUGUGCCAUCUCACUGGACCGCUACGUCGCCAUCCAGAACCCCAUUCACCAUAGCCGCUUCAACUCCAGAACCAAGGCCUUCCUGAAGAUCAUCGCUGUCUGGACCAUAUCCGUAGGUAUAUCCAUGCCAAUCCCAGUCUUCGGAUUGCAGGAUGAUUCAAAGGUCUUUAAGGAGGGGAGCUGCCUGCUCGCGGAUGACAACUUCGUCCUCAUAGGUUCUUUUGUCGCAUUUUUCAUCCCCUUAACCAUCAUGGUGAUCACCUACUUCCUCACUAUCAAGUCGCUUCAGAAAGAAGCCACCUUGUGUGUGAGUGACCUCAGCACUCGGGCCAAAUUAGCCUCCUUCAGCUUCCUCCCUCAGAGUUCUCUGUCAUCCGAAAAGCUCUUCCAGCGGUCCAUCCACAGGGAGCCGGGCUCCUACGCAGGCCGGAGGACGAUGCAGUCCAUCAGCAAUGAGCAAAAAGCAUGCAAGGUGCUGGGCAUCGUGUUCUUUCUGUUUGUGGUCAUGUGGUGCCCCUUCUUCAUCACCAACAUCAUGGCCGUCAUCUGCAAAGAGUCCUGCAAUGAAGACGUCAUUGGAGCCCUGCUCAAUGUCUUUGUCUGGAUUGGUUACCUCUCCUCCGCUGUCAAUCCGCUGGUCUAUACGCUGUUCAACAAGACUUAUAGGUCUGCCUUCUCGCGGUACAUUCAGUGUCAGUACAAGGAAAACAGAAAGCCGCUGCAGUUAAUCUUAGUGAACACUAUACCGGCGUUGGCCUACAAGUCUAGUCAGCUCCCCGCAGGACAAAAAAAGAACUCACAGGAAGAUGCUGAGCCCACAGGUAAUGACUGUUCUGUGGUUACAACAGGUGAUGAUUGCUCUAUGGUUACAACCGGUAAUGACUGCUCUGUGGUUACCACCGGUAAUGACUGCUCUGUGGUUACCACCGGUAAUGACUACUCUGUGGUUACCACCGGUAAUGACUGCUCUGUGGUUACCACCGGUAAUGACUGCUCUAUGGUUACACUAGGAAAACAGCACUCAGAAGAGAGUUGUACAGACAAUAUCAACACCGUGAACGAAACAGUCAGCUGUGUGUGAUGGACUGGUUGCUGUGAUAACUGCACUGGAACUAGUUGUUACCUUGUGUGUGGGGGCUGGGAUAAGGAGGCUGGGACACAUCAGACUACUCCAGUAACUCAACAGUGUCCAUACGCCUCAUUGGGUUCUGUGUAUGGAGAGCAGGGUGUCACAAAAUGUGCACUUGACAAUGACGUCCUGACAGCAUUUGAGGUAGAAGUGUUGGUUUUAUCAUUGUCCUUCUAAUAUUGUCAAUGAGAUCUUUAAAACCAUUGUCCUUGAUUGUACAAUUUUAAUGAGGCAUAAAACCAAUCUAAUUUCUAUUAUCAAAUAGAAACCUUGCUGCCAUGCUGUUGAUGGGUGGCAUGGGAGUGAGUUGGUGACCUAUUAUUGUACAUAAAAAUAGCUAGAAAUACUGAAAAUAAUGAAUAGCCUCUUUUUAAAAAAAAAAAUAAAAAGCAUUUAAAAUUCACCAUGACGCAUAUUUUGAAAAUAAAAAAUAGUAUUAUGAAAUUUGUAUUGCUAAUAUAAUUAAUUGAAAUACUUGACAAUAUUUUUCAUUCUUGCCUUUUCAUAGACACCAUUUUGAAAUGUUCACAAGAUCGCGGGCAUUUGCUGCGUGUGUCAUUUAAUUCUUGGAUGUGGAAGGGUUUUAAAUGUUACUCAAUGACGCGCUGCUUUCUCUUCUACUUCUUGGGCUUUAUCUGAAUUUGCAGUGUGGUCUUGUUUCGUAUCUUUUCUUCUCUGUGAACUAUCAAAGGAUAAUUUCGCUUUUCGAAAUACAGUUCUAGAACUCGCUUCAAAGAAACAGCAUCGUGGAGGUAUUUGGUCACUCUCUAUGGAACCACUGCACUGCGCAUGCGCCCUUUUAGCUGCGACCUGUGUGUAGAGUUGACUGUCACAGCUAAACAAUAAACUCAGGUUUCUCGCUGUUAGCAGUAGUUUCUUAGGCUAUUUCUGUUAAAAAAAAAAAAAUCAAGUGACUUUCCUAUUGACACUUAAUCAGGUAAAAGUGAUGUUUUCAAAGGGCUGGGGAUAUAGCUCCAUUGAGUGCUCACCUAGCAUGCAGGAAGCACUCCCUAGCUUGGUUCCCCGGUACUGAGUUAACAGGUCAUGGUGGUGCAUGCCUGUAAUCCUAGCACUUGGGAGGUGCAGAUGAGAGAAUCAGGAAUUCAAAGUCAUUUUCAGCUAUUUAUCAAGUUUGAGGUCAGCGUGGACUGCAUGAAAUUCUGUCUCCAAAAAGUAAAUAAAUAAAUAUAGGCUUUUUUAAAAUUGAUACUUUCAAAUAAUGUAUUUAUAUUAUUUAUUAAAAUGGGUUAGUUUGGUUCCACAGUGAUCUACUGACUGUAUCUUAUGAGUGGAACAGUUUCUUAGUUAUUAAGGAUAUAAAAAUAAAUUUAUAAGAUCUUUGCAUUUAAAAAAUGCCAAUCUAAUUGGUUGUUGUCAAAAAGUAUGAACAGAUUUAUUUUGAGAAUCAACCAGUUCAAUUUCUUUCUUACCUGAUUCAGAAAAGAGUUUGUAUCCAAUAUUUUUUUUUUUCAGUUUUUCUCAUUUGCCAAGCAGGCAAGGAAAUGGGAAAACAUCAAUUGAAUCAAGGAUUUCAACUAAUAUAUAAACACCUCAUACUGGAUCCAAUUCAUGACUAGUUAAAGCAAUAUUUCUGUUCCUUCCCUCUAAAACUACAUUCGUUUUACACUGAAAGACACUAGCUCCCAACUAAAAAGCAAAUAUCAGUUACCAUAAUGUUUUGUAGAAAUGGCUGCUGCAGACUAACAAAGGUCAGCCACAGUCCACCUGGACACUGUAAUGCACAAGGGUGAAUUGCACAUUACUGUUGGGACAGACAAUAGAUACAGGGUAAAAUCUGAAAGAUUUUAAUUGAAUAUAAAGGUGUUUUGCUGUAAGCCUUUGGGAAAUGUUACAGGUCUGGGAAUUUAAAAAAUGUAGAAAGCUUUAUUACGUAAGUUGGAAAUGCAUUAAGGUUUUCCCAAAUGUGUCCUUACAGGUGCUUCGAAUGAUGGUCAUUGCUUCAGACAUAGACUUUAUAGUGUGUCACUAGCACUGAGGUUGUAUUUGAAAGGAGUUAGUCCUUAAUGAUUAGAUAUAAUGACUGAUAAAAAUAGAAGUGUUAAGAAGUCUGCUCUAAUGUGUUUUUGCCUUAGUUUAAAACUCUAUACAUGUCAAUAUGCAUUAAGGAAAAGAUUACAGAUUCUAUCCCAUGAAUUUAAUUCAUCAGAAUAAACAUAAAUACUGCCUGGCAGACGUCUUUUGACUACACAUAUAUUACCAGUGUGUAUGUGGUUUUUCUCUCUGUAACUAUCUAUUAAAGUGUAUAUAAGAAAAUGUGUACCUGUAUAUAUGUACAGACAUGUUCCCAUGCACUUUAUUCAAUAUUUAUAUAUUUAUAUGGAAGAAGAGCAAGUCGGUGAAAACAUACACUUGUGCAUGUUUGAAUCAUGUUGAUCUAAAUGUGAAUUCAUGUUCUAAUAUUCCUAUGACUGUCCAUGACUGCCAAAGGAGGUUACUGUGUAACAGAGAUACCCUUUAAAUAAACUGGAAGUUGCUUUAAUUAUAUGGAAAAUUUUUAACACAAUUCUAUCAGGGUGUUGAAAACAAUAGUCUGUAUUCAGUGUAUUAAUCUUAAAUUGAAUGGUAACUUAAGGCCUCUCUUUAGUCUGGGUACUUCCUGACCUCUAUGGCUCUUUAGAUACAGUCCUCUCCACAAUAGGGGAAAAAAUGACCAUCUAAUGAUUUAUGGAUCCAUGAUGAAAGGAUUCAUGUGUAGUUAAUACUACUAAAAGAGUGACAAACUUCACUCUUCUUUAAGUUGAAUGAUAGAUUCUUCUAGAUAUAAGGUACUUAAUGCCAUUGUUAAGGAAGACUCAGUUAAAGCUUUUAUCAUCUAUUUGGCCACAUUGCCAUCUCAUGGUCAGUUUUGGGAAAUGCUACCAUAGUCCAAUCAUUCUGACUGGGCUGCUUUUAGCAAAAGGGUUCUCCCAUUUUGUGCACUGAUAAAACAUAUUUAUAAAGUGGUGUUAUUCUGUGCCAUAUGUAAUAAAUGCAGUGGAGAUUUAUUUUAUGUACUGAUUUUAAUCUAUUCUAAAAUAUUUCAAGAAUGAAUGAUUAAUUGCAAAUAAAGUAUACUGAAAACAGUGA